UUAUUUGUCUGAUAGAUCGUUUGGGCUUAAGUGCUUGUCUGUGUGGCAAAGUCUGUCUAUGGAAAAAAAAGAGAAGCAACCAUGAAGAAAUGAGGGCAGUGACAUCACCUGACAAAGCUGAGAGUUGUGUGUGUGUGUGUUUUGCUGAUAAAGAGAACACAAUUACCUGCAGAGCUCACAAAGUCUGCCUCUACAGCCGCCAUCCAUCUGCUUGGCAUCUCCAGCUGCAUGAUGGUCUCCAACAUCUCCCUGUUUCCUGCCAAGCCUUCAAAGGACGAGCAGGCUGCAAAUGUGGACAUGGAAGCCAUCAUGGAGAACAUCAGCAUCAUCCUCUACACCCUGACGGUGGUGCUGGGCAUCACGGGCAACUCUGUGGUCAUCUGGGUGGCGGGAUUUAAGCUAAAGCCGAAGGUGACCAACGUGUGGCUGGUGAACCUGGCGAUAGCAGACCUGAUCUUCUGCUUCACUCGAGUCUUCUCCCUCAUAAAGAAGCUCUUCUUCGACCACUGGCCAUUUGGUGUCUUCCUCUGCAAGUUUAACGGCUUCUUCAAGUAUGCAAACAUGUUCUGCUCCGUCUUCCUGCUGGCUGUCAUCAGUCUGGACCGAAUGCUUUGCAUUUGGCACCCCAUUUUCAUGAGGAGGCACCACAAGAUGUGGACAGCACGGGUGGUAGCGGUCUGUGUCUGGAUUGCUGCAACCGUCUUCAGCAGCCCCUACUUCAUGUAUCGACAGGUGUACCUGGGGAAGAAGAACCUGACCAAGUGUAGCUUGGAGGUGAAAGAGAAGACGGAGGAAGACAACACCGCCAAACACGCUCUGUACUCCAUUCGCUUUGUGUGCGGCUUCCUCCUGCCUUUCAUGGUCAUCUUAGUCUGCUACAUCUUGGCUGGCGUUGGGAUCCGACGCACCCGCUUCUCCAGGAAGUCGCGCUCGCUGCGUGUGUUGGUGUCGCUGGUUAUAGCGUUCUUCGUGUGCUGGGCUCCGUACCACUCCCUCCUGCUGGUGAAAAUGGUCGACAACAAGAACCCGGUGUUGAAAGUGUGGCAGCCGCUGGCCAGUGGCAUGGCCUACUUCAGCAGCUGUGUGAACCCUCUGCUGUACUUCUGCAUGGGGCUGGAGGUGAGGGGCCGCUUCAGACAGAGUCUGAUGGGCAUUUACAGGCGCGCCCUGGCAAAUGUGGAAGAACAGAUGAGCACCGAGCGCUCCAUGGAUGACAGCAUCACGUCCAGAUACAGCUCUGCUGUGGCGCCGCGGCGGAGUCUGGACGUAGCAAAGAUUUAAAUGACAAACUUUUAGCUAACUUCUGUUUUAUACUCCAUUCAUUAAUCAGUCAAGGUGUUAAAAACCUCAGGAUUGCAUCACAGCCUUCAGGUGUUACAUCCCAACAAGAAAAGUUAAUGAAAACAAACUUUAAGCAACAAUCGUCUGACUUUUCACAAGCAACAGCGGGCAUGAUGAAAUCGCAGCCUACAGGAGUCAACUAUGGCACAAGAUCCUGAAUCACUUCUGACAAACAAACAAAAAGGGAAUCUGGCCCACACAGUAACCUUUUGCUUAAGUUCCUUAUGAGGCCGUAACCAAGCGAUGAACUCCUGGUCCACUUGAAAUCCCAGGAUUGUAAGUUUCACUUCAACUACUUCACUUCGGCAGCUGCAUCUGAUGAACUUCAUUUCACAUUUAAAGAUUGUUCAGGGUAAAGGACUUGCAUUCUGAGCAGAAGGGAAACUGAGUGAGGGAUUGUGGGGAGGAAUAAAUAGAUCAGUUCACAGGUACAGCAGUGUGUGCUGAAUUUGGGGAGAGGUCAAAGUUAAAGGCCUCGUAAAUGUGUGUAAGUUAAUGGCAGAAACUAAGCGCUCAUUUUGGGGCCAUUUCUGUGUUUUCAAAAAGCAACAAUGGAUGCUGACUUCUUGUGGAAUGGAUGGAGAAGGAUUGCGGUGUACAUUUAGGUAAAUUUUGUCGACAUUUGCAAUGGAAUAGCAUCAAAAUACAGCUAACAUUCUUGUAAAGAACAAUGUUCAAUGACAUCGUCAGAGAGCAGUAUUGACAUUUAGUCAAUUUUCAGUGACUUUGAGUGUUUUUAGACAUUUCUAGCAGUCUGGGUGAAUUCUGACAGCUUAUAUAAGAGUUUACUACUCCGAAUCAAAUUGUAAUUAAUAAUGGUGGGCUGAUGGGAGAAAGCUCAGUAGUUUGUUUUCUGUCAAUGAAGAGAAUUCCACUGUAGCUUGAUCUGUUAAAGAAAAAGAAAAAUUUUGCCUUUAAAGUCCAACUCCUGUUGUGAAAGCGUUUCCAGUGGUCUUUUAAUUUCCAACACUUAAAAAACAUGUAAUUU